ACUUGUAGUAGACAAGUUACAUUGCCAUACUGGCCAACACUAGAAAACCCGUGGAUUGAAGAUGCCCUUGCUGAUGAUGAAUUAAUGAAGAGGAAACCAGUGGAUUUUGAAGUUAGCGAGGCAGAAUAUGUGUGGGUAGAAAAGAUCCUAAAGAAAAAUAAGAUUCCAUUUCCUAAAGAUAUAAUGGGACCUACUCCUAGUGGUUGGGUACCUCCAAAUC